AUGGCUCUCUGUUAUUCUCCGCACUCGUCGCUAGGGUUUGAAGCUCGGCACAGACCGGACAAUUACUGUAAAAUGUCUAUUGUAGCCCGGUUCGUUCAGCCCAGAGGGCUUGGCCUUAAACUGGUUCCAUUACGGAGGCGGAAUUUUCGGGAACGUUCAGUUCUGUCGUUCGCGGCUUCACAAGAGGAAUCGAAGCCUUCAGGUAUUGAAAUAGAGAAGGAGGAGGAUCUUAAAGCGGGAGCUGAAGAAGCAGAAGAAGCAUGGACACAAACAUUAGAUUCUGUUAAAGAACAAGCCUUAAAGAUGCAGAGUAUAUCAAAGGAAGCGUACGAUGUGUAUUCUAAAAAGGCUAUAGUCAUUUUGAAAGAAACUUCAGAAAAAUCAAAAGUUGAAGCAGAUAAAGCUAGACAUGAGCUGAGCAAAAUUGCAAAAGAAGUUGCUGAAGAGAGUAAAAAAUAUUUAGCCACAGUUGCAGAGAAUUCCCCUGAACAAGUGAAGGAUAUUGUUGAAACCUUUGCCUACCCAGGGGAUGAACUGAACGAUGUCUCUGAAGUACGGGACUUUUAUGUUGGAAUACCUUAUGGUGCGCUUCUUUGUGCUGGCGGCUUUCUAUCUUUCAUGCUAACUGGAAGCGUUUCUGCAAUCAGAUUUGGUAUUAUACUUGGUGGUACUCUUUUGGCCAUCAGUAUAUUAAGUUUAAGAUCAUGGAAAAAAGGAGAGUUGUUGCCUUUAGCCUUGAAAGGACAGACAGCAAUUGCUACCAUAUUGUUUCUUAGGGAUUUGCGCGUAUGGUCCAUGCGACCAUUUAUUGCCAAUUUUGUUACAACUAUCAUAAGUGGCGCAGUGAAAAUUAAUCCUCUUGUAAAGGGUCUCCUCUCUUUCCCAGACGUGCUUCAGUUGAAGAGUCUGUCAAAUCUCGAAAGGCCAGACAGUGCAGUGGUUACUGGUCUUAGUUGGGUCGUGCUUCCUUGA